CAACAAAGAGAAGAAUGUUCCUGCUGGAAUUUUCAAAUGGUGUACAUGGGUGACAUUGCUGAAAAGGAAGCAGCUUGUUCAACAUUCAGAAGACACUUGGUGAAAUGAGCAGUAAACUUCGAUGUGAUAAAGAUGUUUUCUCUAAGCUGCCCAGCUGUCUCUCGCUAAAGAUUUUUAGAUUUUUACGCAUACGAGACUGGUUGAAUUGUGCCGAGGUGUGCAACUCAUGGAGAGAUCUAAUUCAGUCAAGUGCACUGUGGAGUCAGAUCAAUUUCUCCAGUGAGAAGGAGUGGAUCACAAACGCUGAGGUGAAGCAGAUUUUGCAGAUGUAUCGUCCUUUGGUAGUUCACCUAAACCUGCGAGGCUGCACCUUCCUCACCUGGCCCAGCAUCAAGUGUGUCAGUGAAUGCCGAAAUCUCCAGGAACUCAACUUGUCAGAAUGCUCCAACAUUAGUGAUGUUAUGGUCCAAAAACUUACCAAAGGCUGCCCCAGUCUGCUCUAUUUGAACCUCUCUGCCACUAAUAUCACGAACCAAGCACUUAGAGCUCUGUCGAGAAACUGCUUAAACCUCCAAUAUCUCAGCGUGGCUUACUGCUCCAGAUUCACAGAUCAUGGAUUUCUGUACCUCACAACUGGACGAGGAUGUCGCAAUCUGGUCCACCUCAAUGUAUCCGGCUGCACUCAGAUGUCAGUAAAUGCAUUCAGGUACAUUUCUGCUGGAUGCCCCACCAUCAAAGAAAUAGUGAUCAAUGACAUGCCCACACUGUCAGAUAGCUGUAUCAUGGCUCUUUUGUCCAGAUGUCAUCUCUCUACCAUUUCUCUACUGGAUUCACCCAAUCUUUCCGACUUAGCGUUCAAAGCCAUUGCAGAAGUGGCCAAACUGAGAUCAUUGUAUAUAGAGGGUAAUAACCAGCUCACCGAUGUGGGCUGGAAGGCCCUUUGCAGCAGCUCCCUGGGCCUGCGCAGACUCCAUGCUGCAGAGUGCACCAGACUGAACAAUGGCAGUGUGAAAUUUAUGGGGACCCUCAGGCACCUGCAGUACCUUGACAUCUCCAUGUGCAAUGUGGGCAAUGUAGGAAUCAAACACCUAACUGAUGGUUUAUCAGCACCCAAAUUACGAGAAUUGAAUAUAAGUUACUGUAAUCGCAUCACAGAUACAGCCGUGCGAAGGAUAGCACUACGACUGAAUAGGCUGUACCAUCUGAACCUGAGUUACUGUGGAGGGUUGAGCGAUAAAGCCCUGGAGUUCCUCAGUGACAGUUCCAUCCGCUCACUGGACAUCACUGGCUGCAGUGUCCAGGACCAGGGACUUGCUGCUUUGGAGAGGGUUCACUUGAGAAAGAUAGUCCUGGCUGAAUGCAUCUUUGUCACUGACGUUGGGAUUGAGAAUCUCUGCAAGAAUGUAAAAUAUUUGGAGGACGUAGACAUAUCACAUUGUGCAGCUCUGACUGACCGGGCCAUUAGAACACUGUCCUUCUUCUGUAGAGGCCUUACUGCACUCAAGAUGGCAGCUUGUGUCAAGAUGACAGAUAUGGGCAUCCACUACUUGACGACAGGAGCUCCGUACCUGAGGCAGCUGGAUGUGAGUGGCUGUGUUAAUUUGACCGAUCGCACUGUGCGCCACUUAGAGAGAAUAUGUCCUCCUCUGUGUUCUGUUUCCAUGGCCUGCUGUAGGGGCAUCUCCAAGUUGGCAACGUUAAAGCUAGAGUCAUAUAUGGAUCAUUGGGAGCAUAACAAUGAUGAACCAUGUGACUGGUUGAUUGUCAAAGUUGCGACAUCCAUGGCUAGUCCAAUAAAGACUGAGGGGACAGGGGAAGAGGAGUGCUCGCUACGGAGAAGAGCAAGUACGUGA